AUGGCCUCCAAAAUUCACCCCACGACUAAGCUCGCCAGUGGCUUUGAAAUCCCCAAUCUAGGCUUUGGAAUUGACUCAGCAGCCAAAUACUACAAUGAAGCUGGCUGCGGCAACGCCAUCCGAUCGUCCGGAAUCCCACGCGAUCAAAUAUUCUUCACGUCCAAAGUAGGCGAUAUAAGCUACGACCAAGCCAAAGCACAGGUCGACAAAACCCUUUCAGAAUCAAAGCUCGAGUACAUCGACCUAAUGCUUCUUCACAAUCCCUUCGGUGGAUCCGAGAACCGCAAGGGCGGAUGGAGAGCUCUCGUCGAAGCCGCCGAGGCCGGCAAGGUGCGUUCUAUUGGCGUUAGCAAUUAUGGAGUACACCAUCUAGACGAACUCGAGCAACACAUUCGCGAACUAGAAACCGAGCGGGGAGGGAAAGGGAGAGGCGGCGUUGUGAGCGUCAACCAGAUCGAGCUCCACCCAUGGCUGGCACACAAUGACAUUGCGAACUGGUGCAACAAACGUGGGAUCGUUGUAGAAGCUUUCUGCCCCAUUGUGCGCGGUACUCGCUUUGAGGAACCGGUUGUGAAGAAGCUGGCGGAGAAGUAUUCGAAAACUCCAGCUCAGGUGCUGAUUCGGUGGAGUAUCGACAAGGGUCAUAUUCCGCUCGUGAAGAGUGUGACAUCAUCGCGCAUCGCUGCUAAUGCGGAGGUUUUUGAUUUUUCGCUUACGCCGGAGGAGGUACAGGAGCUUGAGACGAAUGAGUAUAGUCCUGUUUCUUGGAACCCGACGCGAUCCAGAUUGGAGGAUUGA